AUGCUGACGAAUACCUUCUUCGAUGCAAAACAGUCCAUCUCUAUCGUCGAGGCCACCAUCGACCAACUCCAGGAUGCCCUGUCUACCGGCCAGACCAACAGUGUCGAAUUAACAGCGAAGCACUUGAUCCGGAUUGCAAAAUACGAUCGCAGAGGCCCACGCCUCAAUGCUCUGCCCAUCAUCAACCAGCAUGUCUUCAAAGAUGCCCAAGCGGCAGAUGACCGUCGCGCCGAUGGAAAAGCGGACGGUGGUCUGGAGGGCAUCCCUUGCACGAUCAAGGACAGCUACAAGAUCAAAGGCUUAACCGUGGCCUCCGGGUCGCCUGCCUUCCAGGACUUGGUUGCGACCACCGACGCAUUCACAGUUGAGCAGAUCAAGAAUGCCGGGGCGGUGAUCCUGGCGAAAUCCAACAUGCCGCCCAUGGCUGCCGGUGGGAUGCAGAGAGGAGUCUACGGACGAGCAGAAAGUCCAUACAACAAGGACUAUCUCACGGGUGCAUUCGCUUCGGGGUCCUCGAAUGGCUCAGGCACCGCGACGUCUGCGAGUUUCGGCGUCUUCGGGAUGGGCGAGGAGACCAUUUCGUCGGGGAGGUCGCCGGCAUCGAAUAAUGGUUUGGUCGCAUACACUCCUUCAAGAGGACUCAUUUCGAUCCGUGGAAAUUGGCCGCUUUUCCCGACGUGCGACACGGUAGUUCCGCAUACAAGGACGGUCAAGGACAUGUUCAGACUUCUUGAUGUGAUUGUUCGCGAGGAUGGGAACAGAAAUUGCGAUUUCUGGAGAGGCCAGCCGUUUGUGCCUCUGCCGGAAGUGGAUGCUGUUCGUCCGAAAUCUUACCAGGAGCUUCAAGAUCCCUUGGCCCUGGAUGGGAAGCGUAUCGGUGUUCCGAAGAUGUAUGUCGGGAAACAUGAUCCCAACGCUCUGCCUGUGCAUGUCAACCCGACGGUUGUGAAGUUGUGGGAGAAGUCCCGAGCCACGCUGGAGUCUCUCGGAGCCACUGUGGUUGAAGUCGACUUUCCGAUUGUGAACAAUUUUGAAAAGGGGACCAAGCAUGACCCGGCGCAGGGGCCUUAUUUCACUCCGCUUGCUAGGAACGAUGUCGAUAUGUGUCAAUUGAUGGCAUAUGCAUGGGAUGACUUCCUCGUCGACAAUGCCGCCUCGCCGAGCACCCUCGCAGAUGUCGAUCCAGAGCUGAUCUUCCCGCAGCCGCCGGGCAGCCUGAAGGACAGAUACGGAGGUGAUGAUCCGUUGGCGCAGCAUGCUGCGGUUGUUGCUCAAAUCACAAACGGGCGGAUCGGUACUUACGACAUCCCUGGGCUCAAGGAGGCCUUGGAGUCGCUCGAGGCUCGUCGCAAAUCUGAUUUCGAACGUUGGCUCGACGAACAAAAUCUUCAUGCGGUCGUUUGGCCGUGUGCCGGCGAUGUCGGCCGCGCUGAUGCGGAUGUCAAUGAAGAUUCGGCGCGAGAGGCCUGGCGCAACGGCGUCUUGUACUCGAAUGGGAAUUGCGUCAUUCGCCAGUGCGGCAUUCCCACUGUCAAUGUUACAAUGGGUCUGAUGGAGGACACAAAGAUGCCGGUCAACUUGACCUUCGCAACAAAGGCAUACCAGGACAACGAUAUCUUGAGGUAUGCGUAUGCGUUCGAAGCGGGAUCCAAAGCUAGAAUACCACCACCGCGUACCCCUCAGCUGGAGACAGAUACCGUUCCGUUGAAGUCGAGAGGCUCGCUUGCCAAAGAGCCACCGACUCUCACCGCACAAGUAGAAAGUAGCAAGGUGAAAGGUGGGGAAGGUCUCGCAAUCUCCGGCUCUGUGAGUUGCGACUGCGCGGGUGGACUAGAAUCCCUCGAAGUAUUUGUUGACGGAGAAGCGGUCAGCGACGUUAACGUGGAAGGCUCCAAGUGGUCAGCCAAGGUCGAGAGGCCUUCAACCGUUGAACUUCGAGAGAAGGAAAAAGCUGUCCCAGCUCUCAACACGGCCAUGAUAGUGGUGACAGCGUCGGCCAAGAACGGCAGGUCCGCAGGACAAUUGCUUUUCGCCUAG